UAGCUCAUCAGACGAGCAUGCUCAGCAUUCUUCGUCUAAAGUUUUAUCAGAUUUCCAUAAGUAUUAUGAUCGGUAUUCUUGUUCAUAAAACUUGCAUGAGCUCCUCUAUAGUCAUAUGAAGGCGAAAUGGAACGGCUUCAGGAUUAGAAAAUCUCGCAAGACUGUGUUCCAGAAGUUUCCAUACGAAGAAAGUAGCCAGGGAGAAUCUAUUGACACUAAAAUCAAACUGGAGAAGAGGACAAGAGAUAAAAAAUGAUUCAAGCUCAGCUACCCUCAUCCUCAAGUGUCGAAGGAUAUCUUUAUGGUCAGGAGGAGCAAGAGCGAAGGUGGCAUUGGGUUUACCCCUGAGAAACGCAGGAAAGCGAAGAAGAUAGAUACCAUACAGACUCAAGCCCCUAAGACUCCUUUAGAGAUCUUGAUGAAAAAAAAGAAGCAGAAAAGAAAGAUUAAAGAAAUUAGCGAUUUUGAAAUGGACCUUGCAAGUUUUGCAAAAAGCAGGCAAAGUUUGCUUUCUAAGGGUCUAAAUAAAUCAUUUCAAAAGAAGAUAUCUACAGUUUCUGCAGCUAAUCAGACUCAUGGAUCAUUUCAGAGUCAAAAAUAGAAGUGGUUGGCAUCAUAGACAUCGCAACUACACAGUAGCUCUAUGCCAAGAUAUUAAGGAUGAAUUUUCAGGGCAUCCAUCGCCACUGUUGAAGAGUCCCUGCAAAGAAAGUGAGCCGAACAAACCUUAAAAUAUUGUACCUACUCACAAAGAGGUCAUGAGCAAUUUCUUAAGCCUGUACAAACCUCUCAAGGCUUCCUACACCAGAAGUGAUUUUGAAACCCCUCCUAAAGAAGAAAAUCCAGGAAUUAAUCAAAGUGGGACCUGUAGAAAAUACCUUCAGAGUUAUAUAAAGAAGGCACAGAGAACAGUUUUCGAGCCUAGUCCUAUUGAUACUACUUACAAGGCCCAUUCCAACAAUGCUUCCUACAAUUUUGAGAGAGUUCUCCAACUCCAUAAGAAAAGAAUGA